GAUAGAAAACGAAAGCUCAUUUGAAAACAAUCUCAAAGAACAAAAAAUAUGAGAAGACUCUUUCUCUUCUCUCUCCUCUUUUUCCUCUUCUUUAACUCAUCCUCCUCCUCAAGAUCUUCAUCAGAAUCUCACAUCUUCAUCUACGGAGGAUGUUCACCGGAGAAAUACACACCAAACACACCUUUUGAAUCAAAUCGUGACACUUUCCUCUCCUCUGUCGUCACUUCCUCCUCUGACGCCUCCUUCAAUAGCUUUGCCGUCGGCAACGAGUCCUCCUCCUCCUCUUCCGCCGUCUUCGGCCUCUACCAAUGCCGUGACGAUCUACGAUCAUCAGACUGCUCAAAAUGCAUCCAAACCUCAGUCGAUCAAAUCACUCUCAUUUGUCCUUACUCUUACGGCGCUUCUCUCCAGCUCGAAGGCUGCUUCUUACGUUACGAAACAAACGACUUUCUUGGGAAACCAGACACGAGUCUUAGGUACAAGAAGUGUAGUUCAAAGAGCGUUGAGAAUGACUAUGAUUUCUUUAAACGGAGAGACGAUGUGUUGUCGGAUCUUGAGUCGACUCAACUCGGUUACAAAGUUAGCCGGUCCGGUUUAGUCGAGGGUUAUGCUCAGUGUGUUGGUGACUUGAGUCCUAGUGACUGUACGGCUUGUCUUGCCGAGUCUGUCGGAAAACUAAAGAAUCUUUGUGGCUCGGCGGUUGCAGCUGAGGUUUACUUGGCUCAGUGCUAUGCUCGUUAUUGGGGUUCUGGUUACUAUGACUUCUCUUCAGAUCCAACGAACGGAGAUCACGUGGGGAAAUCAAUCGCGAUCAUCGUAGGAGUUAUUGCUGGAUUCGCAAUUCUUGUUGUUCUCCUCUCCCUUUGUAGAAACUCCAUGCAUUGAUAUAAAGAAAGACAUGGUUC